GUAACGCUCUCGUUAUGAGCUAUGGCUCCAGAGCUUGUGUGCCUUGUGGCCCUGGUUGGAGGUACGAUAACGAGACAAAAGAGUGUGUUCUCUGUGAUUAUGGGCAUUACCAGAACGGCAUUGCACAAACAGAGUGCAUGCCUUGUGCGGAUGGCAAAACGACAAAUGUUCGCGGAGCUAGAGAAAAGAAUGACUGUAAAAUAACGUGCGACGUUGGAACAUACUUUGAUAUUGACGUGGGACAAUGUGUGGAUUGUAAGCGACAUUACUUUCAGAACAUGACUGGGCAGCACUACUGUUUCCCCUGUCCUCUGGGAUUUAAAACAGUCGGUAAUCGUUCAACCAGCAAUACCAAUUGUACAAAGGACUGCCUGGCUGGUUAUGUUCGAAAACCCGAAAACCUCGAGAAAUGUAUCCCAUGUGCGAGAGGAACCUAUAGGAGUACCCAAGACGAUUGCGUUCCUUGCACAGAUGGAAAAUACACAUUGGAAGAUACUAUUGCAAUGGACGCGAGCGACUGUAACAUGGGUUAG